GUUGAUACAAAUCAUGGUACAUGAAAGAACUCUCUUUGGGUUCUUCACAUUGGGCUUUGGAUGCUACAAGCGGAUUACAGACCUUGCGGAUGGACUUCCCUUCCUCUUGCUAUAUAACUUGUUGUUUACGAGUUUCGAAUAGAGACCUCCCUCAGAAAAGUGAGGAGCUGAAUAACGAGAACAUGGCAAACAUCCCCACCCGAAUGUUGACAGGAUUCAGGAAGCGUCCAGGUGCAGAACAGAAGAAUUCUGUUGGAAUCUGCAGGAGACCUUGGAGGGCGUCGAGAAGUCGUCUCGACUUCCCUGUCCGUGGAGGACAAAUUCUGGAGACGAGGUGGCACUUGAUGGGCCCGAAAUGAUGCCGAUUGCCCGCAGUCCCGCAAUCCCGCACCGUGGGGCUUGCAGCCUUGCGCUUACCCAGCUCGAUGAUGAGCCUUUUGAGAUUCGCUGUCACUGCCAUAUAUGUAAUAUGCCAAGGCUCUGAGGCUAAAAAAAAGCCCUGCCCUGGUGUCCAAGGAACUCGCAAGCUUUAAAAGCGUUCUUUAAUUUCUGCAGGGCACAUGAGCGACGACGAGUCGUUCCAAUCACAGAUCUUGUCCUCGUUCUGGCUUUAGAAAACAUCGAUGAAAAGCUGCAUCUUUGCGACCGUGAACGGAUGGGAAUCUUGUGAAAUCCUCGCUCAUUUCAACCAAAUUUAGACAGCGUCCAGCCAGUUUCAUCCAAGGAGAUCCAAAAGCAGCUCCGGCCGUGUUCUUCAUUGGCCAAGAGUCCACGAAGUUUGCUUUUACUAAAUAUUCUCGACUCAAGGUUCUCUCCGAUCAGCACUCGAUAAUUAUCCCCGCAUUUAUGUGAAUGAGUAAUGGCAUGUCAUCCUGAUUUGCAGAUACAGCAAGCCCGCUUCUGCCGUGCUGUGAUGCUCUAUUGUCGGCCUUCGGAGGAACCUGCGAUCUUCAUCUGCUGUUUCUUUGUCUGAGUCAUUAUAUCGGGCAUUCAGUGCGACAUCUCGAGCCAGCAGCGCUGGAGUGCUGGAUCAACACUCAACCCCUUGCUUCGACCAUUCGUCAGACGGAUCGUGGUUUUUGCAGCACCGGAGUCGAAUGGUCGAACGAGCAUGAAGCAAAAUAUUUAGAAUACGUCGCUCGCUAUCGGCGGAACACCAACUCGAGAAACAGUGCGAAUCUCAGACUCCACCGAACUCUCUCCGUUGCAGUGACGUACGUGAGCUAGGAAACGAAUUCUGCCACUCACCUUCGAGCGGACGCCGAGAACUGCUCUCGAGGAAGAUACAAGACGAGAUGCAAUCGGAUACACGACAACCGUACUCUGAUGAUUCCUCUAGGAAUGUACAGUUGUCAGCGGGCUCCGGGGUUUCAUGUCGGACAGAGUGCAUGAGAACCGCAGGGCGUUGGUUGCAUACGAGCAUCCUGAUUAGAGCCAAAUCAACCACCACACUGUUCGUUGCAGAUUAUGGUGAACUCCAGCGGCAGUGGGACUUGUGCUGCCGGUUGAGAAAGCAAGCGACGUAGGGCGUUUCGGAUGAACGUUCUGCUUUCAAUCACAAGGACCGAAGAGAAUCUGAGAAAAACACUGCACAGCUUCUCAUUCUCCUCGCAAUCGGACAGGUUUCAGAGAGAGAGAGAGGACUCGGCGCAUCUCUUUCCGUUCUUCGGUACAGGGCCUUUUCGUUGCUUCCAUGAUGUUUUGAAGCGAUCAUUCGAUCUGAAUGUCACAAGCUCACGCUGAUGAACAUUGCGUUUCACCAGAGAGACGUGUCGGGAGGAGAUCGAUUGCUUCUCGUUCUCGCCGCGGCACGUGGUUGAUCUAAGUUUAGGCGAGAUGAAGUUACUGAAAAUAGGAGGAGUUCCGGACGCCCGCCCGCCCGCAGUGACGGGAUAGAUGAUCAUGGGAGGGAGUGCGUUUGUCAAGUCUCUAGAAGGAGUAAUCUGUCCACAUCCGAUGCUCGCGCAUGCUCGACGUGUCCUGCACUGGCGUCGAGCAACCAUCGGCAUUCUUUUCUGAAUAGUUUAUUCUGGGAAGUUCGAUCUGCUGAGAUUGCUUGUUCAGUGCAGUCCUCCGGUAGACUUUUGAUGAUUCUCUGAGUUAUCAUGGAGGAAGUGAGACUGGAAAUGUUGCAAAACGGUCGAAGCCGAUGUAAGGAUUUAGAGGAAUCUUGCAAAACGCUUGUCGUAAGGAUUUCAUUAUAUGUCGUAGAACGUACCAUACCCGACCGCCAAAGUUCGGGAUGCUGAAUCAUUGUGCACGUGAUGCCUCUGACAACUCGUCGCAUUGAGUCAGUGACUCGACACAUUCCCUUGAUUGUUGGUGGGCAAGUCUGGGCUUCUUAUCAGAUCUUCUCGAGAAUGAGAUUCGCCUGAUACUUGUUGCGUCCAUAUUCCAUAUGCGUUCGGAAAGUGCAACGACCUGGGUCCAAUCAGUAAUGUCGACAGCAACAAGCUUGCGGAUGAAGAGCCACGACAAAAGAAUCACGUCUUUGUUCGCGGCGUGACGGUUCUUGUGUAAGUAUCCGCGGGUCAUCCCUUCGUCCGCAUCUCACUGCAAACAAACCUCGUUUCGAAUUGAUUGAAUUAGUUACUGUAAAAGUCUGAUAGAGUCGAAUAGAAUAGAGUCGAAGGAAGAGAGGUCGUACAGGUGGUGUCCUGGAUACAUCGAUCGGAGAAUUUGAAUGAUAGGAUUGAGAAUUGUUCCAGCAAUCAUGCAUGUGGCCCCAGUCGAGGAAAUUCUGCCUGCCGAAAGUUGUGAGCCACCCAUCAUUGGGUUGGGCCGACUUCAGUUAAAAAAUAGGACGGAAUCCCGGAUUUUUAAAGAUUUCAGUCGCACUUUUACCUCAGGGUGCCCACCGAGUCGUAAAUUGGACUCGGUGGGCGGUCGUAAAGUCGAGGACGUGAUUGCGAAAGAGAAAUUGACAUUCCUGCUCACAUCAAACUGUAUCGACUCAGUAAACUCAGAAUCGAAUUGUCGCCUGUGACUUGUCGCCUAUUUCCAGAC